GAUAGGGAACCCUCUUUUUCAAUUUCCCCAAUCGCCAUUUCCGUUUCCAUUUCCAUUUCUCCUCUCCUCUAACAAUGGCGGAAAUCGGCAAGAAGUUGAAGCUCAAUUCCGGUUGGCUUGCUGCGAGGUCAACAGAGGUCGAGCUCAGUGGAGCCCAGCUUACUACUACUCACCCCCCCUCAAUCGGCCCUUCUUCGCCAUGGAUGGAGGCCGCAGUACCUGGAACUGUGUUGGGGACUUUGGUGAAGAAUAAAGUUGUUCCCGAUCCUUUCUAUGGACUACAAAAUGAAACGAUAAUUGAUAUUGCUGAUUCUGGAAGAGAGUACUACACAUUCUGGUUCUUCACAACUUUUCAAUGUAAACUGUCAGAAUCUCAGCACCUGGACCUGAAUUUCCGCGCUAUAAAUUACUCUGCAGAAGUGUAUAUAAAUGGUCACCAAAAGGUCCUGCCGAAAGGGAUGUUUAGAAGACACUCCCUUGAUGUGUCUGAUGUUAUGCGUCCAGAUGGCACAAAUUUACUAGCUGUUCUAGUCCACCCUCCUGAUCAUCCGGGCAGAAUUCCAGCACAAGGAGGUCAGGGUGGUGAUCAUGAGAUUGGAAAAGAUGUCGCUGCACAAUAUGUCGAGGGUUGGGAUUGGAUGGCUCCCAUAAGGGAUCGAAACACUGGCAUAUGGGAUGAAGUAUCAAUUUCUAGGACUGGGCCAGUGAAGAUUAUUGAUCCUCACUUGGUAUCAACAUUUUUUGACGAUUAUAAGAGAGUUUACUUGCAUGCUACGUUGGAGAUGCAAAACAAAAGCUCUUGGGUUGCAGACUGUUCUGUGAACGUUCAAGUGACCACUGAACUAGAAGGUAACAUUUGCUUGGUUGAGCAUAUUCAGUCUCAGAAGGUGUCUGUCCCUGCUGGAUCAACUAUACAAUAUACAUUUCCUCAGCUCUAUUUCUACAAGCCCAACCUGUGGUGGCCGAACGGAAUGGGAAAGCAAUCCUUAUAUAAUGUUGUUAUAUCCAUAGACGUAGAUGGAUUUGGAGAGUCUGAUUCCUGGAAUCAUCAUUUUGGUUUCCGUAAAAUAGAAAGUGAUAUUGAUACCGCAACUGGUGGAAGGUUGUUCAAGGUCAAUGGGCAGCCUAUAUUUAUUCGUGGUGGCAAUUGGAUAUUAUCUGAUGGGCUACUUCGACUUUCAGAAAAGCGUUAUCAUACAGACAUUAAAUUUCAUGCAGAUAUGAAUUUUAACAUGAUCCGUUGUUGGGGCGGUGGAUUGGCCGAGAGGCCAGAAUUUUAUCAUUAUUGUGAUACUUAUGGCUUGUUGGUGUGGCAGGAGUUUUGGAUUACUGGGGAUGUUGAUGGACGUGGUGUGCCAGUAUCAAAUCCUAAUGGCCCUCUGGAUCAUGAUCUUUUCUUGCUUUGUGCAAGAGACACAGUUAAACUUUUACGAAACCAUCCUAGUCUUGCUCUUUGGGUCGGUGGAAAUGAACAAGUUCCACCACCUGAUAUCAACGCUGCUUUAAAAAAAGACUUGGAACUUCAUCCUCAUUUUCAAACGUCAAGUGAAAAUGAGAAGUGGAUGGUAGAUUCAUCAUCAGAAUCAGAGGAUCCGAGCCAAUAUCUUGAUGGUACUCGCAUUUAUGUUCAAGGAUCCAUGUGGGAUGGAUUUGCAAAUGGGAAGGGAGACUUUACUGAUGGUCCUUAUGAGAUCCAAUACCCCGAAAACUUUUUUAAGGAUGAUUUUUAUAAGUAUGGAUUUAAUCCUGAGGUUGGUUCCAUAGGCAUGCCCGUCGCAGCUACCAUCCGAGCCACAAUGCCUUCAGAAGGAUGGGAGAUUCCAUUGGUUAAGAAACUCCCCGCUGGCUAUGUAGAAGAAGUACCAAAUCCCAUUUGGGAUUACCAUAAAUACAUUCCCUAUUCCAAACCACAUAAGGUUCAAAGUCAGAUUGAACUUUACGGUUCUCCAAAAGAUCUCGAUGAUUUUUGUUUGAAGGCUCAACUUGCUAAUUAUAUCCAAUAUCGAGCUCUAAUUGAAGGCUGGAACUGUCGAAUGUGGAAGAAGUACACCGGUUUCUUAAUCUGGAAAACACAAAAUCCAUGGACAGGUCUAAGAGGUCAGUUCUACGAUCAUCUCCUCGACCAAACCGCAGGUUUCUUUGGAUGUCGUUGUGCUGCGGAACCUAUCCAUGUCCAGCUGAAUCUAAGCACGUGUUGCAUCGAGGUCGUAAACACUAUGUCGGAUGACAUAUCUGGCGUUGCCAUUGAAGCCUCGGUAUGGGAUCUUGAAGGGACAUGCCCAUAUUUUAAAGUUUUUGAGAAACUCUCCCUGCCUCCAAAACAGACAUCGUCCAUUGUCGAGAUGGAGUAUCCCAAAUCCAAAGAUUCCAAGCCUGUUUACUUUCUUCUUCUGAAGCUGUACAACGUCUCGAAUUACGGUAUUAUCUCGAGAAACUUCUACUGGUUACAUCAGUCAGGUGGCGAUUACAAGCAGUUGGAGCCUUACAGAAAGAGUAACAUACCCAUUCAAGUUACAUCUCAGGUUAUAAUAAAAGGAUCCACCUAUGAAGUCAGAGUGAAUGUGCAGAACAAGUCAAAAAAUGCAGAAUCCUCUAGCUUAACCUACAAGAACAACUUUAUCAAUAGGCAAGGCGAGGGCGAUCCCGAUUCAAAUUCUUUGCCUCUGGAAAACAAAGAACAGACCGAUAAAAAACGCAGCACUGGUUUCUUUCACAGGAUCUGCAGGCGUAUCGUUACUGGAAGCAACAGUCCGAGGCUAGUUGAAACGAAUGGAAACGCGGUCGGAGUCGCUUUCUUUCUUCACUUUUCGGUCCAUAGUUCAAAGGCAGAGGGUAAAGAAGGAGAGGAUACAAGAAUCCUGCCUGUUCACUACUCGGACAACUACUUUUCCCUGGUUCCAGGUGAGGCUAUGCCCAUCAAAAUCUCUUUUGAGGCCCCUCCUGGUGUUGCUCCAAAAAUUACCCUUCAUGGUUGGAAUCUUUCUCAUGGUUUAACUGUCUGUUAAUAUUUGGGUAGAAUUUGGUUAACUUUAAUUUAAACAGUAUCGGGGCUUUAAUCUUUAAGUUUAAUUAUCCCAUUUUAUUUUCAAUGAAC